GAAGAUAUCUUAAGAAAAGACGUUCGUUAUACCAUAAAAAUAUAUCACAGAAGCUCAGGAUCCCCUGAGCUAUUUUGUUCAUAAGAAAUAUUUAUCGCCAAGAAUCGGGGUCGGUGUGUAGUAGUUAGAUCGCCAUAUUUAAUUAAACGCAAUGAAUCGGUUUCAUCUGAUUCUAUUGUUUGGUCUUCUGGACAUCAUUGCAGGUCUCGCGGAAGAUUUCCAUGUUGAACAAAUACGAGCGCCUUACGUCUCUUCCAUCGACCUCGGCACACACAUGACCAGUGGCAGCUCCGCGUUGGGAUCGGAGUUGGGCGAAUUCCAGGCUGACUUUGGGCCUUACGGUAGAUCGGUGAAACACGAAGUGCAUGAAGAACAUCGCAUUGUGAACGGCGAGCCAGUGUACGAGAAGCGAGAUGAGAGGCGGUAUGAAGAUGGAAGGCUUGUGCAUCACGAUGGUCAUGAGAGAGGAGACCCAAAUACUGUACCAAAUUUACCUGUGGUAAUCGUACCGGGCAGCUACCGGAGUAGUGCUUCGAGAUCUUCCUCAAGUAGAUUCACUGGAGGAAGUUUUGGAUCAACUGAAGGAUCAUCCGCUUUGGCGGGUGGGAGUUAUGGAUCUGGAUCAAAUUACCGAAUGAGCGGGACACAUGGAGCGACCGGCGGAAGCCUAAAUACAAUUAGAGGCAACGACUACAGAGCAGCAGGAAGCGCUGCGGAAACGACGGACAAUUUCGAAAAUAGGUUCAGCGCAGACGUCCAACGACUCAGAGAGAGACUUCAUCAAGGUACAGCAGUGAUUCAUGCUCCUGCUCAGACAACAAGUGUCCGAGAUGAGAAGCAUCAUGAAUCCCAUUUCGUAGACGGCCAACAGGUUUAUCGUCGGAAUGAGGAAAGGAGAUAUGAAGACGGCCGCUUGGUGCACAACGUUGCUGAUGAAGAUGGAUCAAGAAGCACUGCUAACAUUGCAGCAAACGCCGCUAGCUCUCAACAAUCCACCGUAAGCCGCGAAACAGCCAAUGCUCAUGUCAGGUCUGGUUCUGGUUAUGAGACGCCCACGGACACUUCAUACAGAGCUUCAUACUGGAGACCAGGCCCUCAGGAGAGAAGAGUUAGUACGACUCAAAGGCAAACAUCUAGUAGCACUUCGAGUGAGUACAGACCACGACCCAACAGAGUGCGUAUAACUAAUGCCGGAUUGUUAACAGCGAGUGAGCGACCGGCCCAAGUUUCUCAAGAAACGAGUUCUACUCGUUUUGUAGCCCACUCUAAUCAGCCUUCAUACAGGCCCAGCUAUACACCUGCACGGACAGUGGAACGUAUUCCACAGAGUCAUCAAUCGUCUUCCACUCACAUUGGAUCUAAUUUAUCUCAAAGACAACUUUCAGAAGCUACGUACCAAUUGCCUGGAUCCACAAUUCCUGCAAGUUAUAGAUCGGAGUACGAAUCCUCCUCGCACACCGGCAGACCUCAACCAUCUGAAACCGAUAUGCAGCAGAACUAUGAGAGAAUCGGUACACAUUCAGAAUCUCAAUCAGCUAACACUGAAAGACGACAUUCUGCGUUCUAUGGAUCUGGCUAUGUUCAGAGACCUCAAACGACAACGACGGCUUCUCCAACUGUCAGUCGUAUAACAGAUACGUACUCAGUUCCGUACAGUAUUCGUUCCUCAUCUUAUCAACCAAGUCAGUUCGCCAAUUAUUCUGCUUGGUCUCACUGGAGAAGUGAAUCUCCGGUUAAAGUUCAAACUACCUCAUCAAGUACGACACAAAAUCGCUACGAGAGUGGUGCAAAUAGUUCACAAAAAGCUGGUGAAAAUAUGCAAAUGAGCGUUAACAGGAACGCUGAAGCGGUCGACACUUCACAACAAUCUCACACAGUUCAGCAAUCGCAGCACGUAAGAGCGUUGCGACCGGGAUUUCUUUAUGAUGAUCAUCUAGAUCAUACAAACGAAAUCGACAGAAGCAAUGAUCAUCGGUCGGCCGGUACGAACGUUGUUCUUCAAACUAUUGAUACGAGCCCAUCACCGUACUCCCCUCAACAUGCUGAUCAGAAUGGUAUAAUCACUAGUUCGACAGUUACAGGUGAACAUAGAAAUUCCAAUGCCAAUGUUGCCGUCAGACCAGGUAGUACAACUGGAAUUUCAUUCACAGUGAAGGUAGGAGAAAAUGAAAAUGUACGACUCAAUAAUAUUGAUGCUGUAAACACACAAAUAGACGAAGAACGAUAUGAUAUAAGUCCUAUCGUUGACGGCACUUCUAGUUUUUCCCAGGCUGAUAAUAAAGUUGGUACGACAAGCAUUGGGAGAACAGCAUCAAGCUCUGAACUCUCUAGGUACUAUUCCACGCAUGGUCAGGACGAUAGAUCAGGAUCACAUGUUAUUCCCGCAUCUGGAUCAGCAUAUGAUCGGGCAGCAUAUAUCACAAAUCGGACGCAGAGCACAAUUACCUCUCAAAUUCAACCUCUUGUAUCAAGCUAUAAGAUAGAAACCAGAUCCUCUCGACGUUAUCUGAACGGAAAACUUGUAAGUGAAACACGACUGAACAAAUAUUAUGAGAAUGGAGUAUUAGUCCAUGAAAAUAAGACUGAAAGGUCAAGAGAUGAAAUGUUGACCGAUGGUGUCAAUGUAGGAGCUCUAGAUCUAAGCAUGGAUGACUUGGCAGGCUAUGGAGUAUUAGACCCCAAUGCUGUUCCUCUGGCCCAUUCCCAGAGAUUCGACUUGAAGCAAGAGAAAGAAUUUGUCGAUGGUAAUCAAGUUUAUGAAUCUACGCAUGAACGUCGUUUCCAAGAUGGCGAGCUUAUCCACGAGGAUCAUGAUGAAAAGGACCAGGCUGAAUUGGCAUCGCUGGGAAGAACCAUCUAUAAUCAGGACGAUGCGUGGUUAUUGGGAAUUGGAAGAGGGAUGAGCGGGGGAGGAUACACUUCGAAUUUUAUCGAAAAUCGUAAUUACGGCAACAGUUUUGAUACAGGCAUUCAAGAAGGUUAUCGAAGUGGAAACCGGCAACGUACUGGCGUAGGCGAAACUGUAACUAUAAAUGUAACACCUGUUACCAAGACGAGGAAAACAGAGAUACGGCGGGAACAAGAAUUUCAAAAUGGUCAACAAACUUACGACUUGAGACACGAAAGGCAGUUCACGGAUGGAAGUUUGAUUCAUGAGGAAUAUUCCGAAAAAGGUCCAGACGAGCUUGCAACGGGUGCUCACCGAGAUGCUCUACAAGAUAUUUUGUCUGGGAGAACUCUGACAACUGCUUCUGAGUCCAAUUAUCGGCCAGCGUCAACAGCAAAUAGUCAUAGCCAACACUAUCAGGGCUCAUCUUACUCUACACAGACUCAACGGGAUAGCAAUAACUACGUUUCAGAACACCAACGUGGAAACUCGGGAUCAACUCAGCGCGGCCAAAAUACCGCUGGGAUUAACCCAAAUGCUGCAAUUGAAUCAUCCCGUGUUAAUAGUCAAUUAGGAACUAAUCUUCUUAAUUCUGGAGCACGCACAUUUGUUAUUGGUGACGGAGGAAUAGGCAAUUACGAGUCUUUACAUUCUGCAUCGGGUGUUUCUACUGGUAGUAGAACUUCGGGAACACAGUACGAUGGCGAAAGAUCGGAGGACACGGAAAACGAGUCUUAUUCACCAUUUGGCGGUGGCACAGAAAUUCAAACUGGAAGCAGCAGCUAUUCGAAUGAAAUUUCAUCCUCAUCCGAAGCUUCCCACCGUGGUGCCUCUGUUGGAACAUAUGGAACUACAGGAUAUGAUGCCUUUGGGAAUUUCGAAGCAUAUGCUGGUGGGGAUCGAACAGGGGGAAGAGCAAUAUCCCACCAGCGCGAAAUGGAAGUAGAAGAACAUUAUGAGAACGGGCAGCUUGUUAGAGGACGGGAGGCAGAGAAAGAAUGGAAGAACAACGAGCUUCAGAAACACGAAGAACGUGUGUAUGGACAGGGGGAAGCAAUUCGUGGACGUGGGACUUCAGUCCAGGUUAGUCCAGGUCUCACAUCAUCGUCAAGUUUCGGAACUUACGGUGGUUCAGCUGGAGGAUCGACCAUUUUUGGAGCCACAGGAUCCUUUGGGGCGUACUCUCCUCAAUCUGGUGCAGAUUACAACGCUCAGCCUUCAGUGUACGGAUCUCACAACGGAUACCAGAGCCAGUCGUCAGCGUUCAACAUUGAAUCAUCAAGUUCGGGGUCCCAGGGAGCGACUUACGGAAUUCCAGGUUAUCCGGGAGGUGGCAUCGGAGGCGUGACUCAUCGCAGAGAAAUGGAAGUUGAAGAGCACUAUGAGAAUGGCCAGCUCGUCCAUGGACGUGAAGAAGAAAAAGAAUGGAAAAACGACAAUUUACUAAAGCACGAGAGAAGGCACUACGGUGAGGAACAUUCGGCUCAACCAUCCAGCUCAGCUCUGACGUCCACAAGUUCUUCAGGAGUUUCGUCCUCGAGGCUUUUCCAUGACAGCGUCGAGGGCCAGUGCUCGGCAAGGCCGUGCAACAACGGGGCUUCGUGCGUGACCGGCACUCGGGGCUACCUGUGCGUCUGCACCUUUGGCUUUAGAGGAUUAAGGUGCGAUGAAGCCUACUGCCCGACCCGUUAC